UUUGUCCACCAAACUUUUAACGUUGUGCGUAAAUGCACAAAGAAAAGAUGGGCUGUAACUUCAGUUCUGAGUACUCGGACACUGAAUGGAUCGAGAACUUGGAUGAGAUUUGUGAGCACUGUAACUGUCCCAUACCUCCACAAACCUGCAACCCCUACACAGAUCAACUGAUUCCGGCUUCACCACCUUCAUCUCCUCUACCAGACAACCUGGCAGUAGCGUGCUACAGCUAUGAACCCGAACAUGAUGGUGACCUGGGCUUUGAGAAGGGGGAAAAACUCAAGAUAAUUAACAGGAAUGAUCCAGAGUGGUAUAUGGCAGAGUCUCUCACCACAGGACAGCAGGGCUUCGUCCCACACAACUUUGUUGCAAUGAACACAGUGGAGACUGAACCGUGGUUCUUUAAGAACAUUUCUAGAAAUGACGCCAUGAGACUCUUGCUCGCUCCUGGAAACACAAGGGGCUCCUUCCUCAUUCGGGACAGUGAGACAGCCCCAGGGUCGUACUCCUUAUCAGUCAGAGACUUGGACCAAAGCACUGGUGAAGGAGUGAAGCACUACAGGAUCCGCAACUUGGACAAUGGUGGUUUCUACAUCACCACCAAGAUAUGUUGUAGUUCCCUGAAGGAGCUCGUCCAGCAUCAUUCACUUGAUGCCAACGGCUUAUGCACCAAGUUGGUGAAGCCAUGCCAGUCGAGAAUGCCUCAGAAACCUUGGUGGCAAGAUGAGUGGGAGAUCCCUCGAGAGUCCUUGAAAUUGGUGAACAAGCUUGGUGCAGGCCAAUUUGGAGAUGUGUGGAUGGGUCUCUACAAUAACGACAGGAAGGUUGCCGUUAAAGUUCUAAAACUCGGCUCGAUGUCAGCAGAAGCUUUUCUGGAAGAAGCCAACAUGAUGAAGAACCUACUACAUCCCCGCCUUGUGCGCCUCUUUGCCGUGGUGAGCCAGGAGCCCAUUUAUAUUGUCACGGAGUACAUGGAAAAUGGUAGCCUGCUGGAUUACCUAAAAACAACACAGGGGAGUCGUUUGUCUGUGAAAACUUUGAUAGACAUGGCAUCUCAGGUAGCAGACGGCAUGGCUUACAUCGAGCAGAAAAAUUACAUUCAUCGAGACCUUCGAGCCGCCAAUAUUUUGGUGUCCCACGAACUCAUCUGUAAGGUUGCAGACUUUGGACUAGCUCGACUCAUCGAGGACAGUGAAUAUACAGCCAGGGAGGGUGCCAAGUUUCCCAUCAAGUGGACCGCCCCAGAAGCUAUCAAUUAUGGGAAAUUUUCGAUAAAGUCCGAUGUGUGGUCGUUUGGGAUCCUCCUGACAGAAAUGGUUACAUAUGGACGUAUACCAUACCCCGGUAUGUCCAACCCAGAGGUGAUCCAGAUGCUGGAGCAGGGCUACAGAAUGCCAAAACCAGACAAAUGUUCAGAUGGACUUUAUAAUAUUAUGCGUCACUGCUGGAAGGAGACUCCAGAAACUCGACCCACCUUUGAGUAUCUGAGGAGUGUUCUGGAGGACUUCUUUGUUGCCACAGAGCGUCAGUACCAAGAGUAGCCGGGACUGUUCAGAAAGACUUUUGGACAAAUGUAAAAUUGAUUUUAGGCAGCCUGGGAUGUGUUUGUGGGGCACAGCAUGCUCUUGCCAUUUUGGAUCUAAAAUAAAAUGUCUAAGGUAUUUUCCGGGCUAUAGAGCGCACCAGUAUUUAAGCUGCACCCACCAAAUUUUAGAACGAAUAGAUAUUUUACAUAUGUAUAUUAGCCGCACCGGAUUAUAAGCAGCAGAUAUAUACCAGCAAAAAAGAUUUUGUAAAUAUUUAUUUACACACCUAAAUUGUUUCCAAACGAUGCCUGUAACACAGCAGUGAAACUGCCGAUCAAACAAAACAGAAGUCAUCAACAUGGACCCAGUAGCUGUGGAAGCUACAGUAGCUCUCCAAUCAGCUAAACAAACUCAAUAAUUCCACUGUGAUGUUUUAGCGAAUUUACAAAACAACACAAAAAGAAUGCCAUUGUAAGUUAAUAAUUCAAACACAGACACUUGUGAAUGUGUUAGCAUAUUCGCUAAUGUUAACGACGCUAGCUUGAUUACAUUACGAUAGCAUGUACAACAAUGCAUGAAAACACUCCUACAGACAUCCCACAUGGGACGGUUUAGUAAGUAUGAAUUGUUUUAGUCAUAUUGUAACACGUACAAAUGUUGCAUGGAGUGAUGAAUGAGAAUCCUUUCGAGCAGCAACGGUAUGGACGGUUACACUUCAGGUUCAAGGCAUGAAACAGGAAGUACAUGUCAACCCGCAGCACCUGCAGUGAGCAAACUCGUCCAAAAGAUGGUGCCACAGUACAAACAAUAACACACCUUUUCAAUGUCUCCGUCAGGCAUAAUUUGAAAACUAUUUGUUGAAUACAAAAUAUUAUGGUCGUUAGCAAAGAAAAAUCCAUUGAUUAGCCGCACCGUUUUAUAAGCCGCAGCGUGCAAAGCAUCGGAAAAAUGUAGUGGCUUAUAGUCCAGAAAUUACAGUAGUUUUACAUUGUUUAAUUGUGUAAAUGUAAUCAUAUCAGAUUUAAGAGUUGUAUGAUUAAAUUCUGCCUUUAAAAAAAUAUGUUUAAUUUUGGAAUUGAUAGUUUCAUUGUUCAUUUUACAUCAUAUUCAUUGUUGGGAUGUCAGUUGUUGUAUUUGUUGUUGUGUUGCAGAAUGGCCAAGAAAUUUUUGAUGGGCCUGAUUGAUAUCUGUGUUGUGAACCUAUGGUUGCUCCAAGACCAAUUUUCAGCCUUUUGGGCAGUUUUUUUAAAAGACAAAUGCAAAAUU